AUGAGUCUCUUCCAAAAGGGACUCGCCGCGCACGCGUUGGCGUUUACGAUCGGUCCGCGCCCACGGCCUAUUACCCCGGUGCGAUUAUCUCUGCGCCGGGUGCGCCAGCCACGACGACACAAUUCAGCUCAGGCUUCGAAGCCUGAAACCCCCCAAGGGAAAGCCGUGGAGGAUGCGUCGUCACUUAAUAAAAAUGGAAAAUUGGCUUCCAACCCUUCGUCGCCGUCCGCUCCCUCACCGUCUUCCCCCCAGAAUACCGCUGCCACCGCCGCAGGCGUAGCGGCCGCACCGAAUGCCGCAGUGACAUUGACAAGAACCCGGCGACUGGGCGAGAUGAUCAAGGCUGGACCGGUUGGGACGUUUGGGAGGUGGUACGCUCGUGUGCAGAAGGAACGGCCGUACCAGACGCAGUUGUGGAGUUCAAUUGUUAUCUAUCUAUGCGGUGACUUGAGCGCGCAGCUGUUUUUCCCUCCAGACAAACCUGCACCAGCGAAUGAUAAUCAGGAUGCGUCCAAGGCAUCUGUGGAACCGAAGGACGAGAAUGAAGAUAAGCCGAGCUUCGGGAGUAGUUAUGACCCAUGGAGAACAGUCCGGCACUUGAUCGUGGGUGCAGGUUCCAGCAUUCCGUCAUAUAACUGGUUCUGGUUCCUCCACAAUAACUUCAACUUCUCGUCUAAGUUGCUCUCAAUCUUGACCAAGGUCACCGUGCAACAGAUAGUCUUCACUCCCGUUUUCAAUACCUACUUCUUCAGUGUGCACUCCCUUCUCGCAGGCGCCACUUUUGAAGAAACCUGGGAGCGCUUGAAGAAGGCCCUUCCCGUCAGUAUUUCCAACAGCGUUAAGCUUUGGCCAGCUGUCACGGCAUUCAGCUUCAUGUACGUGCCGCCAGAGUAUCGCAAUGUCUUCUCUGGAGUCAUUGCCGUUGGCUGGCAGACGUACUUGAGUUGGUUGAACCAGAAGGCUGCGCGUGAAGUGGCGCAAGCUGAGGCUGCGAUUGAGGCUGGCUCAUCACCUGCGAUGACUGGGAAUCUGAUUCCUGCCGGACAGGCUGCAUAA